GGGACUUCAUUCUGAAUAGUUAACCAGUCUACCUAUGCGCCCCUCGAGCAUCCGUGAUAGUAGUAAAUGCCAGGCUGGUCACGAGCCCACUCAGGACUACCAAAGGAUGAGGAAGCCCAUGUGACACGGCACCCUGGUCGUGGAAUAUAUUUGUUCCUUAUCUUGCUUAUCUUACCACAGACAACAUCGUUGACCCUUAACAAUCCCAACUCGCAAACCGGCAAUCGAUUGUGUGUGUCGUAAUGAAUCACAUAGAGGGUGAUAAUGAACUUCCCGGAUACACACCUCAAGCCGGUAGCAGCGUAGCUCCACUCAACGCCUUAGCGCCUGGUUCCGAACACACUAUAUCGCUUGAAGACACCAAGGGACACAAAUGGCUUCUCCUUUCGGUGAAAAGUCGUGCUCCUUCCCCGGAGUCUUGGCCAGUAUUUUGUUCUGGCGAUCUCAUCUCAGGGAGCGUGACUCUGGACAUUUUGAAGUCGGAGUCAUCCAAGUCUAUUGUAAUAACAGUGACAGCCGCAACUACUUCAGUUGGACAGGAAGGACAGGGUUUUCUUGUUAUCGAGAAGGAGUUGUGGACUCCACUGAUGACACUUCCUGAUGGAUCCGUGGUGUCCAAACUCGAGAAAGGCCAUUACACAUGGCCUUUCAAAAUAGCACUUCCAAACGAGACGGAAGUUCUGGACCGUAAAGAGAAGAAGAGAUUCCCCCUUCCGCCUUCAUUCACAGAGCGAGCCAGUCCCGCUUACAUCAACUACAGGAUUACUGUCAUCAUUAAGCGGGGCGCACUGAGAGUGAAUCAUACUUUAACCACGGAUUUUGCAUAUAUCCCGAUUACGAAACCGGAAUUCCCAUCUCCUAUGUUACAGAAAGCAUGUAAAGAAAACAUUCCAUUUGUUGGUCCUGAAGACGAUCCGGAGGGCUGGUACAUCCUUCCAGCAGUCACUGUUACAGGCACACUUUUUGGUGCCAAGAGAGGGAAUGUCGAUUUUAACCUAGCACUAGCCAAACCACUCAGUUAUGCUCGUGGUUCUGCGAUGCCACUAUGGCUAACUUUCACAGGCACAGACGAGCAAGCUCUCGAUUUACUCGCCAAUCACCAAGCCAUCCGUAUUUUCUUAAAGCGAUCGUUGGCUACAGGCUCGGACGCAACAAGUGAUCAUGCUGGGAAGCAUACAGACAACUUCUUCGUUCGCACAAUGGCGCGUGCUGUCUUCUGGCCAACAAGGGACGCCAGUACCACGGGGAAGCGAGUUCUCCAAGGUGAAGUGAACUUGAAGAAGGCAUUCAAACAGAGUGUCGUAUUCCCCCGAUUUUCUGUGAGGUACCAUCUAGAAGUUCAUCCUUUUGAAGCAGUUGGUUUCGUAUAUACAUCACAUGUCCCCGGCCCACUGCUGAUACAACCAGUUAAUGUGACAUCUUUCCACGCGACUGGCAUUGUAAUGCGCUCCUUUGCACCACCCGAGUAUGCAGAGGAAAUCGAGAAUUUGGACAACUCCGUUGGUUUACUGGAGAAUGGAAACCAGCGCUUCUACCAUCACGGAGGGUACGGAGUGUCCUGAGGCGUAAAGAGGAAGUGGGAGUUGUUAUUGAGUCAUGUAUGUAUCUCCUGGUAUUUGAAUGAGUAUUGUACAAAGUGAAUGCAUAUCACUCUCGAAGGCCCA